UCUUUCUUCUUUCUUCUUCUUCUUCUUUUUGUCUGAAUGAUGAAAUUCGAAGACUUGCUGAUGCAGCAGCCGAGUGAGGAGAAAGAGCAGAACAGAAUGGAUAAUAAUAAUCUUGAAGAAGAGGUGGAGGAGUUGAGACAGGAGCUUGAUGGGCAAAUGCAGAUGAAAACUGUUCUCCAGGCUGCUCUCCAUGGCCCAGCUCUCACCUCUUCUUGUCCUUGCCUCUCCUCCCUCCCUCCAAUGGUUCGGGAGCUGAUAGAAGAGCUGGCAUUGGUUGAGGAUGAGAUCUUCUGGCUGGAGAGGAAAGUGGAUGAGCUGAAGCUUAACCUGUUUCGCGAGAAGGGACGGAGGGAGAGAUGGGGAAGACAGCUUCAUCAUCAGAAUAAGCUGUUGAUUCCCAGACCUGCAAAUUCAGUUCAUGAACAGCCCUGCAACUCACAGAGUUGUGAAGAAUUCAUCAAAUGCAGAUCAAUUCAAAGAGAAAGGAGAGCUUCCAUUGGUUCACCACUGGAUUUCAGAACCAUUUCCUCCUCCACAAUGUCCAAUGGAGAGAGCUCGAGGGGAUCAAGGCGCAGGAGGCAUUACAGCCAACCAGAUAUCGAGAUCAGUUGCGAAAAGCCUAAUAAGCUUUCAGAAGAACUGAUAAAAUGUGUGAUAACCAUAUUCCUCAAACUAAACAAGGCAUCACUUGAGUGCAGAGGAGGCUCAUCACCUGUUCUUUCCUGCAAGAAAUCCAAAGGGUUCAUGUCGAAAACCUCAUUGAACUGUGCAGCCCCCACCUUUUCAUUCAACGAUUAUGCAUCGAACCUUGACCCUUAUGGGAUCUUGGUAGAUGUAGGGGAUGGCAGCAGCAUCACAGAGAUUGGGUCGUAUAAGAAUUUCAUCCAAGUCUCGAGAACCUCACUGGACACCAGACACAUUUCUGAAUGUCUUCCAGAAAUGGGAAAGUUAAGGAUUUUGCUGCAUAAACUCAGCAGUGCAGACUUGAGUUUCUUGGCAUAUAAGCAGAAGCUGGCUUUCUGGAUCAACAUCUAUAAUGCCUGCAUAAUGCAUGUCUUUCUGCAGCACGGUUUGCCUUCUUCAGAGGAAGAUCAACUCGCGCUUGUGAAUAAGGCUGCAAUAAAUGUUGGGGGAAUUGUACUAAAUGCCUUGGCCAUUGAGCAUUUCAUCCUGAGGCAUCCUUCUGACACUGAAUAUGACCUAAGAGAUGAGAAGGAAAUGAUGCUGAGGAAUGCUUAUGGCUUGGGUUACCCAGAACCAAACAUCACUUUCGCGUUGUGUCGAGGCAGCUGGUCUUCGCCAGCAUUGAGGAUUUAUACAGGUGAUGUAGUGAACGAACUGGAGAGAGCAAAAGUGGAGUAUUUGGAGGCGGCUGUGGGGGUUUCAAGCAAGAAGAAAAUAAUGGUUCCCAAGCUGAUGCAAUGGCAUAUGAAGGAUUUUGCAGAUGAUAUGGAGUCACUGAUAGAAUGGAUUUAUAGCCAAUUACCACAUUCUUCCACACUCAAAGCCUUGAUAAUGGAGAGCCUCCAAGACAAAGCUCCCUUGGCUAAGAUGAUUGACAUUCAACCUUAUGCAUCUGAGUUUCGAUACCUGUUGCCUUUAUAAACCAAAAGCAUCAACAAAAAUGGAAUAGAGAUUCAUGUCUCCAAA